AACCGCUUCGUUGUAUUGGCACGGAGCCGCGUAUUGCAUCCUUUAAACCCGUCUUAUUUUUGAUCAUUAUUACUAUUAUUUCGCGAGUGUGAAUUAUUGGCAGCACGGCGUGGUCAGCCCUCGGUAGAAGUGAAAACCUCUGAAGAAGUAACUGGGUGCGGAGGCUGAAGUUAACUGUUAAAUCAGAGCCAUGGUGGUUUCGGUGGCAAGUUGGUGGCGGAUGGAGAGCAGGACGGGAUAGCUGGAUCCGGCACUUUGGGAUGAGGAUGGGUGCGUGUGGAUAGCAUUAUAACUAAAAAAAAAAAAAAAAAAAAAACCGGAGCAAGUGGAGGAGGCACCGCGUCAGGUUAGAUGUAAAGUUGAAAGUCGGAUCGCAGGAGAAAGGGGAGUCUCCGACCGGAGGAGAUGUGGAGGCACGCCGUCUCAAUCUGCUCUCACGUCUGAGGCCGCUGUUCUACUUUGCCGCUGUGAGGUAGAGCAGCCCCACUCUGCCCGGGAAGCAGCGACAGACGGACGGACGGAUAGACUGGCCCCGUCAAGAGUUCUCCUUUUAAUGGAUGCCAGGGUGGCCCUGCUGCUCUUACGGACAGGUCUUGUCCUGCUGACGCUCGAACUGAAGUGCACCGAGGCUGCAGAGGUCUUCACAAACACCUGGGCUGUCCAGAUCAACGGGGACUCGCAGGAAGCUGACCGCAUCGCCAGGGAACAUGGCUUCAUCAACCAUGGAAAUGUUUUUGGAGAUUAUUAUCACUUCAGGCACCAUGCUGUGGAGAGGAGGGCUUUGUCUGGCCACCGGGGAAUGCACAUCAGACUGCAAAAAGAACCACAGGUCCUGUGGGCAGAGCAGCAAGUGGUGAAAAAAAGGAAGAGGCGGGAUGUCUACGAAGACCCAACAGACCCUGAUUUCUCCAAGCAGUGGUACCUGUUCAACCCAACGCAUCAAGACCUGAAUACACAAACCGCCUGGGCUCAAGGCUACACGGGGAAAGGUGUAGUGGUCACCAUUCUGGAUGAUGGCAUUGAGAAAAACCAUCCUGACCUCAUCAACAAUUAUGACCCUGAAGCCAGCUACGAUGUCAAUGACGACGACAAUGACCCCCAACCGAGAUACACGCAGAGAAAUGAGAACAGACAUGGAACUCGGUGUGCCGGAGAAGUCGCUGCUGCAGCCAACAAUGGCGUGUGUGGCGUAGGCGUGGCCUAUAACGCUAAAAUCGGAGGAGUUCGUAUGCUGGACGGCGAAGUGACAGAUGUGGUGGAGGCUCACUCUCUGAGCCUCAACCCACAGCACAUCCACAUCUACAGCGCCAGCUGGGGCCCCGAGGAUGACGGCAAGUCGCUGGACGGCCCUGCCAAGCUGGCUAAAGAGGCUUUCCUUCAGGGAAUAACCAAGGGCCGCGGCGGACUGGGCUCCAUCUUCGUCUGGGCCUCGGGUAACGGCGGCCGCGAGCAGGACAACUGCAACUGCGACGGCUACACCAACAGCAUCUACACCCUGUCCAUCAGCAGCACCACGCAGUCCGGCAACGUGCCGUGGUACAGCGAGCCCUGCUCCUCCACCCUCGCCACCACCUUCAGCUCUGGAAACCCGGGGGAGAAGCAGAUAGUGACCACAGACUUGUGGGAGAAAUGUACAGACUCUCACACGGGGACGUCCGCCUCGGCUCCUCUGGCGGCCGGGAUCAUCGCUCUGGCUCUGGAGGCCAACAUGAAUCUAACCUGGAGGGACAUGCAGCACCUGGUGGUGAGGACGUCCCAGCCCGUGCACCUCAGCGCCGGAGACUGGAAAACAAACGGAGUGGGGCGCCGAGUGAGUCAUUCGUACGGUUACGGGCUCCUGGAUGCAGGUGCGAUGGUGGCUUUGGCGAAGAAUUGGACGACAGUGGGGCUGCAGCACCAGUGUGUCAACGCCAUGCUGUCUGAACCGAGAGACAUCGGAAACAAGCUGGUGUUCAGCAAGAGCGUGGACGCCUGCUGGGGACGGCCGGAGUACGUCGGCUCUCUGGAACACGUUCAGGCUCGCCUCACUCUCUCCCACAGCCAGAGAGGAAAAUUGGCCAUUCAUCUCAUCAGCCCACUGGGCACCCGCUCCACCCUCCUGUUCCCCAGGCCAAACGAUUUCUCCGCUGAAGGUUUCAACGACUGGGCCUUCAUGACCACCCACUCCUGGGACGAAGAUCCUCAGGGCGAGUGGACCCUGGAAAUAGAAAACGUGGCCGCUAAUGGACGUGACUAUGGUGUGUUGAGUCAAUUCACCCUCAUCCUGUGGGGCACCGGGCCCAGCGCCGUCAACCCGUCGUCCCCCGACUUCCCCCGGCCGUCCAACAACAGCUGCAAGACGUUCGACGCCCAGCAGAUCUGCAUCGAGUGCAGCCCCGGGUUCUCGCUCUUCCUGCAGGGCUGUGUGAAGCUGUGUCCGCCCGGCUUCACGUCGGGGCCGCAGCUCCUCAACCUGUCCCUGGAGAACUGGGUGGACCUGUCCUCCGUCCAGGCCUGCCUGCCCUGCAGCCCCGCCUGCCUCACCUGCUCCGGCCCCGGCGCCGCCGACUGCCUGUCCUGCCCGCCGCACAGCCGCCUGGUCUUCACCUCCUGCCUGCGCCAGAGCCAGGUCCAGAGGAAGUCGCCUCUGACGGGGGGCCUCCGGGCGGACGGGGGUCAGCCGGAGGGGGAGGUCCCGGCCGCGGCGGACCACCGCGGCGAGGAGGCGGAGGAACCCCCGGGGCUCGGCGCCCCGCCGUCCAACCCGCUCCCCGCCGUGGCGGCCGUCCUCAGCUGUGCCUUCAUCCUGGCCGCCUUCGCCGGGGUCUUCCUCCUGCUGCAGAUGCGCUCGGGCGGCGCCUCUCUGGGCUGGAGGACCAAACUGCCCUCCGGGUUUUCGGAAGGCGGGGGGACGCGGGUGGGCUUCGGUUUCGGCCUCCGGCAGGGACGGGAGAGGAAGGCGCGGAUAUGCUACAGAGGGAUCCCCACUGUGUGGGCGGACGAGGACCGGAUCGGCUGCGAGUCUGAAUCAGACAGCGAGGAGGUGGACGGCCACAGCGAGAGGACCGCUUUCAUCAAGACGCAGAGCUCCAUCUGACCCCGCGCCUCCCGAGCGGCGGCGGCGGCCGUCAGGUCGGACUGAGUGGAGCUGCUUCAUGACGGAGAAGCGCACAGGAUGAGAGGAAACACACACACACACACACACACACAAAACGCAGGCCUUACUGUCCCGUCAGCACCUCGUCCACUGAAACCAUCGCCGCCCUCAUCUGCUCGUCUAUUUAUUUAAAUUUGCUUAUUUA